GCUGCUGAACUAUGAAAAAUUAUUGGGUGGUCCUGGAGCACCUCUACCUUGUCCAAGUGAUUACGAUUUCCACGGCCUCUCUAUUACUAAAUCCACAACACAAUCAUUAUAGAAAAAAGAAAGAAGAAAAAAGAAACAGAUCAUUAAGGAAUACUAGUAUUAUCUCUUAUAUAUAAACCAUAAACUCAUCAGAAUGUAGUGCAUCAACCAACUCAUUAGUUAAGCAAAAUGGCUUUGACCCUAGGAAGAAAAUUUAUCAUUGCCUCUUUUUUUGUCUUAGGGCUAUGGGCUUCGCAAACUGUGGCGCGAACACUGCCCGAAUCAUCCAUGUCCGAGAGGCAUGAGCAAUGGAUGGCCCGUUAUGGGCGUGUGUACAAGGACGACGCAGAAAGAGAAAUGCGGUAUGAGAUAUUCAAGGACAACGUGGAGUUCAUUGAAUCUUUCAACAGGGCAGGGAAUCGACCUUACAAGCUGGGCAUCAAUCAGUUUGCAGAUAUUACUAACGAAGAAUUCCAGGCCUCUCAUAACGGCUACAAGAAGCCCUCCCAACUGAGGCAAUCCGAAGGAACAAAAUUUAGGUACGAAAACGUGAGUGCAGUGCCGGCUAGCAUGGACUGGAGGAAGAAAGGCGCGGUCACUCCCGUUAAGGAUCAAGGCCAAUGUGGAAGUUGCUGGGCAUUCUCAACAAUUGCGGCCACAGAAGGUAUCACUCAAAUCACAACUGGAAAGCUGAUCUCACUUUCUGAGCAAGAACUCGUCGACUGUGACACGAGUGGCGAUGAUCAUGGAUGCGAAGGAGGCUACAUGGAAGACGGUUUUGAGUUCAUUGUCAAGAAUAAAGGCGUUGCUACAGAAGCAACUUACCCAUACACGGCAACCGAUGGCACAUGCGAUACCAAGAAGGAAGCUUCCCGUGCAGCCACGAUCACAGGCUACGAACAGGUCCCUGCAAACAGCGAGGCUGCUCUGUUGCUGGCAGUAGCAAAUCAACCGGUUUCAGUUUCCAUUGACGCCAGUGGAUCCGCAUUCCAGUUUUACUCAAGCGGGAUUUUCACGGGAGCUUGUGGGACCGGGCUCGAUCAUGGUGUUACUGCAGUUGGAUACGGGACGAGCAGUGACGGAACCAAAUACUGGCUGGUCAAGAACUCGUAGUCGUGGGGAACGAGCUGGGGCGAGGAGGGAUACAUUAAAAUGCAAAGAGACAUUGAGGCUAAGGAAGGCCUCUGUGGAAUUGCUAUGGACUCUUCCUAUCCAACUGCUCAGAAAUGUGUGUGAAAUCUUUGUUUUAAAUUUGCAGAACUGAAAAUCUCAGCCAACUGUAAAUAUGCAUAUGUGUUUGGUGUGUGACUUACACUGUAAGUACUAUAUGGUAAUGAUAU